AUGAUGCCCACCAACAGUGUGACGUCACAUUCGGCGGGAAGCAAGGGAAGCUACGUGGCCGUGUGUCUUCUUCUCGGCCCUGUGGGUUUGUUUAACCCGGGACCCCACUCUACGGCUCCACUAGACAUGGUUUCCAUAGCAGAAGACCAAAGCCUGCCCGUGGACUUCAACGGAACUUCGCUUCAGUUGAGUAGCGGGAUGAUGGACUCGACGCUGCACGACCCCGCCUCUCUGUCGAACAGCAGCAGCGCUGAUAUGGAGACACCAGGUGCCGUUAUACAGCAUGCAUCCAACGUUGAACAGUGUUGGAGGAAUCUCUCCACAUCGCGUGAUGACCAUGAAAGACCAAGAACUGGUUAGCCUUUUUGAUUGCAGGGUCACCUUACACCAUUCUUUGCUCCUUAUAGUAGUCUGGCGUAGCCUGCCUAUUUCACGUGUGUGGAAGUGUAUGCCAUUUGUUUGUUGGUCAAACUCCAUUGGUUUUUUGUAGCGUCUAAAUUUGUCCGCCAUUUGGAGAUAGCCGUUAUGUGGACACACGCACACACACACGUGCGUACACAGCAACUAUCGGAGCUAAGAAAAGAUAAUUUCGGCCUGAAGCUGAGGAUAUACCACCUGGAGGAGGCCCUCAACACCAAGUGGGGGGAGAGGAGUGAAGGAUGGCAGCUGAACAUUGACCUUAAAGUUCAAAUGGAAAACCUCAAGAAGGAGCUGUCAGAGAAAGAGGAACUUAUCUUGCAAGCCAGGAGUGCCUUCAAAGCCAUGGCUGCCAAACAUGCCCAGGAGCUUAACGAGCUGCGACAGGCGGUGAGACCAGCAGGUGACCUGCACGCAAUGGAGGAGAGACUCGAGGACAAGGACGCAGAGCUGGAGGAGGCCCAGCAGCAGACAGAAGAGGCACUUGCUAGAGCUGAAGAGAUGCAGCGAGCCAACGAACAGCUGGAGGAAGAGUUGAAACAAAAGGAUAGUGAAAUGGAAGACAUGCAGAGGGAGCUGGAAGGCAUGAGAAAAGACAUUGCAGACCAGAGAGCUGCUAUACCGCAUUCUGAGUUGCUGCUCUCUGCGUGUGAGUGGAGCAUUCUGAGUUGCUGCUCUCUGCGUGUGCAGACGCCGGUGGCCACCCACAACGCCAAGGUCCAGACCCUGGAGCCAGUUGUGGGGAGAUCCGAGGCCGAGCGACUGCAGAGCCAACUGGCCGACGCCGGAGCCAGACUGAGAGAGAAAGAGAGGGAGAUUGUGGAGCUGCGUGGUGAGGUGGGAGAGAGAGGGGGUCGCGUGAAGGAACUGGAGGUGGAGCUCCUGACAGCCAGUCAGAGACUGGCGGCUGGGGCAGGCGUCCACGCCCACCAGAUGUCAGACCAGGCCGCCCAGCUCGACCGAUGUAAGGCUGAGCUGCGAGAGGCGGAAGGAGAGGUGAGGAGGCAGGGGGCGGAGCUGCGAGAGAGGGAGAGGGAGUGUGGGGAGAGGGAGAGAGAGGCAGAGGACGCCCGGAGGAGGGCCAGGGAGGCAGAGGAGAGAGCCGAGAGUCUGGAACCUCGAGUCAGAGCUGCCGAGAGAGAAUCCAAGGACCUGCGAAGACAGCUGAAAGAAGCCCAGACCCAGGCAGAGGAGGAGGCAGGGAGGAGAGCCAGGGACACCAGAGAUAUGGAGGAGAGGUUGAGAGAGGCAGAGGAGAGACUGGGGAGGAGUCGGCCGGAAAUGGCCGCCAGAGAGAGAGAACUGGAGGACAUGGCCAGAACUCUUCGACAGAAGGAGGAAGAGAUAUCGGAGCUGCGGUCUCGACUGGUGGAGAAGGAUGGGGAGGUGACGCGGGCCAGACAGGCGGCUCACGCGGCCGGCAUGGAGCGACAGGAGCAGGCCAGAGCCAUCGGGGAGCUCCGUGGGGAGCUGGGGGCUCUGAGGGACCAGCUGCAACAGAAACAAGCCAGCGUCCAGCAGUCAACUGCAGCGGCUCUGGCUGCCAAAGAUGCUGUCAUUGGCCAACUCCAGAGAGAGCUGCAAGACCUGAGGGCUAAACUGGCUGAGGCUGACAAUCAACUCCUACAGGUCACUACCAGUAAAGCUGCUGAACUGGGAGUGAUGCAAGGUAUGGUGGAUGAUCUUACUCAGCAAGUGGAGCAACUGGAAGGUCAGUGCAACGGUCUGAAGAAAGAGGUGGGCCGACUGAAAGGAGAGAGGGCAGCUCUCCAGAGGGAACUUGAUAAACUCAGAGCUCAGAGUGAUGGAGGCAGGGAGCAGUUGGCUGAGGCUGAGGCCGAGUUGGCUGCCAAGGCAGAAGAGCUUGAUGCUGCACAUCGUGCAGUGGCUGACCUCCAGGGGCUAGUUGAACAACUGCAGAACGCUCAGCCGUCUAGAGAUCAGCUGGAGAGAGACGCUGCAGAAAAGGCCCAGUUGAAGUCCCAGCUGGGAUCUCUGCGAGGUGCCCUGGCCAACAAAGACGUCGAGACUCAGCGACUGAGGCAGCUUCCCUCUGCGCUGGCAAGGACACGACCCUCGAGGGAGCUACAGGAGCAGCUGGCCGCUGUACUGAGCAGGGAGGGAGUGGAGAGCGCCUGAGAGAUGCUGCGCCUCCACGAAGGAGAAGAGUCGCUACUGCGGAUGAGUGACGGGCGCUGCAGUCCCAGGGUCGUGUGGCGCAGCUGUCAGCGGAGGACCUGCAGGCCCGACUGACUGAGGCUUACCGCGAGAGAGAGGAGCUGGCCAGGAAACUGAGGGAGGCAGAGGAGGCUGGGAACAAGGACACGGCCUACGAGAGGGCCAGAAAGGCUUGCGAGGCUCUGCAGAGGCAGGUGGCGCAGCUGCAGGAGCAGGUGAGGCAGCUCAGCCGGCGAGCCGACACUGUCUCGGUGGGCGUGUCCACGUCAUCGCCGGGGCGACAGGACAGCGGGAUGAUGGCGGGUGGAGUCGACGAGAGUGUGGGGACUUCCCCUCCACAGCAGGGUGGAGGUGCGUCAUCGACGACCAUGAUAUUCGGUUCGCUAUCGGAGGACCUGUUGAAGACCAUUCUCCAGAGACUGCAGGAGAUCUAUGGCGAGAUCCUCACCAACAGAACCACCGGCAAACAGGCCAGCAGCACUCUGGUGUCAAAGAUGGAACACCUCACGGACCUCCAGAGACAUCUCGAGUCCUGUUUCCACGAAAACCAGUCCAACGCCGGGCAGGACAGCAAACCUGCGUCCGGCAACACCAGCUACACUGCCUACUACUUUAUGAGAGGCGAAGAGGAGGAGGGGGGAGGAGGGGAUAACGAGGGGGGAGACGAGGGGGUGGACGGGGGGCGAACUCCGCCCAGGAAGAGCAGCACACCAAAAAAACUUAGCCCGAGUACUCCGCCCAAGGUUGAUCGCCUCGCUAGAGAUGACGAGAGAGAGGCUCAGCAAGCUCAACUGGUCAGAGCUCUCCAGUCGGAACUGGAGGAGGUGAAGAGGUGGAACGAAGCUCUUCAGACGAGGCUGAGGGAAUCGGGGGGCCGAAGAGACGUGGGGGUCGGGAUGGAAAAGGGAGGAACCCCUCCACAAUCGACAUCUGUUAGCCCAGGAGAGGUACCAGGAGCUGGAAGCGGAGGUGGAUCGAUUGUUGGGGGAACUGGAGGGAGAGAGGGAGCACUCGCAGGCUGAGAAGGAGCAGCAGGAGACAGACUCUGCCGCACUGCGCGGGGAGCUGAACGCCGCGAGGGAAAGAGUUGGGGAAUUAGAGCUAGAGCUACGAGAAGCCAUGGUGAGGGACGCUGGUACCUCCACGGCAGAAGCUGAGACUCUGGCAGCUCUGGAGGAAGAGGUGGAGGAGCUGAGGGGAGAGCUGGAGAAGGCCCGGGAGACCGUGGCGAGACUAAACGGGCAGCUCCUGGCAGAGAGAGACGAUAACCAGCGACUGAGGAAGGAGCUUGGGAGACUGAGGAGCUCUCCGGGAGUGGGGCGAGUUGAUCGUGCGACAUCCUCGGGCCCUGCGUCUGCCGCAGCGUCGGCUCCGAAUCUCCUCACUCCUGAUCGAACUCCGGGGAAGACCACGUCGGAUAGUUGGACGAGCCCGGGGG